AAUGCUUACCCAACGUAUGUAUUUCUUCUGCCAAUCAAGUUGCCCCAUAAACUCAAGGAGCCAGAGUGAUUGGUGUAUCUUUAUUCUCUCCCAGCUCAGAAGGAAAAUAAAAAUUCUGUCUUUGAAAAAAAAACGAAAGAAAGAAAGAAAGAAAACAGGGGGCUGGUUUUGAAUAUAAAUAGGUGCAAGUUGCCCUGCACCAUGUGUUUCCAGUUUCUGCCCUUUUAUAUACACCCAGGGGAUUAACAACAAAGAGCAGAAGUAAGAUGUGGUUAAGGAAUCAAAACUAAGAGGGAUUGACUUGUCUUCGCAGAGAGAGAGAGAGAGAGAGAGAGAGAGAGAGAGAGAGAGAGAUGAAGAAGAAGUGUGAGCUUUGUGAUUCUGUAGCAAAGAUGUAUUGUGAAUCAGAUCAGGCUAGCCUGUGUUGGGAGUGUGACAUCAAGGUUCAUGCUGCAAACUUCCUGGUGGCUAAGCAUUCAAGGACUCUGCUUUGCCAUGUCUGUCAAUCUCCAACCCCCUGGACUGGCUCUGGACUCAACCUCGGCCCUACAGUUUCCGUUUGUGAGAAAUGCAUUCAUACUUCUAACCAGGAACCCAGAAAUGAAGAAAAUGAUGAACGAGAAGAAGAUGAUGAUCAUGACCAUGAUCAUGAUGAUAGAGAUGAUGGAGAAAAUAACCCUGAAGAAGAAGAUGAUGGUAGUGAUGAUGAUGAUGGGGAUGGUGAUGAUGAUGAAGAAAAUCAAGUUGUUCCAUGGUCUCCUCCACCAGUCUCAUCAAGUUCUUUAAGUAGCAGUGAAGAAUGUUUCAGUGAAAGCCCCUCCAAAUCAACAACAGCAUUUUCAUCGUCACCUAAACAGAACAACUUUUCAAAAGCAGAACGACGAGGGCCUCAAUUGGGACACAAGGACCGGAAGAGAAACCAGAUGACCAGAUCAAGCAAUGUUGAAGUGAAACCGAUUUCAAGAGAAAAAAAAUCAAGGCAAGAACAAGUUUAAGACCAUCAUUGGUUUCUGCAAAUCUAGCUGUUAAUGAAGGCUUUAAAGAUUAAGAGUCACACAGUUUCAGGUGAAUUUUCUCAUUUUUAAGGCCAUUGUGAGUUUUGUGACUUCAAAUUUCAAUUGGAUCUUCACAAGUCUCAUCAUUACUCUUAUAAUGUAAGCAAAUUGUGCUGUAUAAACCCAAUAUUAUUCUCUGUUUUUUCUGUACUUUAUGUUUGCACAAAGUUUCUGCAAGUAGCAAACUCCAUUUUUUCCUCCA